GGUGCGUUCUCUUAGCUUUGUGCUAAGUUGACUAAACAGUAGGAUAGAUGGACUCUCUUCUCAAUCAUUACGGUAAGGAUAACUCAGUAUUCAUAAGUAUUGAAUAGUGUAGAUUGUGUAGGUUUUGUAGAAUAGCAUUUCAUGCUGUAUUUGUUACCUGAGGGGUGGGGGAAGAAAAUAAAAGGAAAAUGCUACAGCUGAACUGUAGUGACUGCAGUUGCCUUCCAUUGCAAGACAUGAGGGAUCAAGUUGAAUAGGCAUGUGCUCACUGCCAUUGCACAGUUUUCAGUAUGGCUCUUGGGCUUUUUAUACUGGUGUAAUGCAAGAGUACCUUUCUAAUGGGUCAUGCUGCUGAAAGUGCUCCUUGUAGAACUGUGUGAAUAUAGUUUUCACUGUUUUAUGACAAGGAUUUGUUCUCCCGUGUGAUUAUGAAUUUGUAGGAGUCCUUUCAAAAUUAGUGAUUUUGAAUGGUGAUUACGGUUCUGAAGCGUAUUUCACUGUCAGCAUGAGUACGCUCUAGGGAGCGUGGGACUGGGUCUCUGAUUAGCACAAUUAGCUGAAAUCGAGCAAGUAAUUACAAAUUAGAGAUUCUAAUUCUUUCAGGGGGAGAAAAAAGUUAUUUUCAGUGCCUUGAUUUCAAGUCCUGAAGGAUCAUCACUUCAAAAGUGGGUCUACCUAUUCCUGCCCAGAGCUAUCUAUAUUUAUUUCUGUGUGUUCACAUGUGGCUAACUAUCAAAUAUUACCAUUUUAUAGCAAAGCUUCUGCAAUCUGUCCCUUACACAAACAAGCUUUUUUUUUUUUUUUUUUAACCAAGCUCACAAGUACUCGAAGCAUCUUCUAAAAAUGCUUGCUAAACAUCUGGUAAACCUGGAAAUAUCGUGACACUGUGCAGGAUGUUGCUGGGCUUUUAGCUUUUGCGUUAAUUUGGGUGGGUGCGAGGGCUGGAAUGAAGCAUCCUGCACUUGGAGAGCGUUCAGUGCCUAGUUAAUGCUCUUUUCCAGCCAAACACAAUGCUAGGGGCCAAACUCUUGUUUAGUGUAGAAGUAAAGAAAGAAAUCAGACUUUUGCAAAUGAUUUGUGAGGAACCAAUAGUAGUUGGUGAAGGCUCUGUGGCUUCUUUGUCACUGCAUUCAGCUCUCCUCUAUUAAUUAUCCUGAAGUUAUCACCAAGUAACUGGGUGGAUGUCAGACAGCCUCAUGGAAAGCAGCUUGUCUGUGGUGGGUGGAAAGCCCCUUUUACCUUCCAGCAUUUUGAGUGACUACUGCCUUCCCCUUGGACCACUGAGUAAGUGGUAAAUGAAGAAAUGUGGAAAUGGGAUGGUAUGAAAAAUUGGAAAGCACUUGAAAUAUAAUCUAAUUUUAAGAUGUUGUAGAUGAGUGUUGCUUUUCUGUCUGCAUUUUGGAUAUAAACAAUACUCAUCUUGUGAGAGAACCUUUGAGAAGGGUUAGGUUGUGUUGUGGUUUUUUUUUUUUGUUUUGUUUUUUGCUUACUUAGUGCUCUGAAUUGUACGUAUUUCCUGAUAAUUGACUACUUAAGUUUAUUCCAUGCAGAGAUGAUCCUUUUACUUGAAGACAGAUUUACGUGAUAUUCACAGUCCAUUAAUCAUUCUUGCAAUGCCUCCCUGUAUGACUAUUGGCAGUCAUAUUCAUUACUCAAAAUAUACCUGUUUUCAAUUAGCUCGAGGAAAAUUCUCUAGUCCUGGAGAGAACGUACAUCUCUAUUACCUGCCCUGAGAAUGAAACGCCCAAAUACAUUUGCAUGAAGAUUACCAAACUUUACUCUGCCUAAGAAGUGGUACAUGCUGUGUUUUCAAUGGGUGAGGAUGGUAAGAUUUAGCAGAGCUGCCUUUGAAACUUUUCUGAUCCUGAGACUUAGAAUUGUGAUCAGAUGUCUAACAGACCCUAGGAAAUAAAGAAGCACAGCAAAAAGAGGUUUUGACUUGGAAAGAUUUCAAAAAAGCCAUCUGUGGCCAGUACAGUGUGUGCUGGAAUGAGCUGUACAGAUGCUAAUUUGUCAGGGAUAAUGGCAAGGCAACUUGGUGCCUUGCUUGUUGUAGUUUCUGUUUGGGAUUGGAUGGGAGACCAGUACUGCUAUUUGUUACUUUAACAGCACUUUUCUGUAUGCUCACAAUGAAGUCUUCCCCCUUUAUAUCUUUGGGGUGGGGAAAUGGAGAACUUUUAGCUUUGUUUUUAUCCCGCAUACAACACACGAACACCCUUACUUUCUGUUUGCAGCUGCCCACUGAGUUGUCCUUUGCUUAAAAGAGGUUACUGGGUCCUUGUAUCUGCAGAUUAUAGCAGAUUGUUCUGUGCUUUUUGGAUUAUUUUUUAUGUAGUUAGGUCCACUUCACUUGUCUUGACUUUUUUCUUUCAGUUGAAGAAGAGGCAAAGGGAGACAGCCAACUUUCCCCAAAAGCUUUCCCAUUUUCCCAAAGGAAGAUUGAAAUAGUUUAGUCUGAGACGUUUUCCAUUGAAAAUCCAGUCUGUGUGAACUGGCAUACCUAUAAAUGAACAAUGUCCCAUUAACACAGUGGAUUCGAAAUCCUUUUUUGAAGGCAGAAUGGGUAAUCUUGAUUUGUGUAAGGUUACCAAAGUAAAUGUCAGUUGAAAACUUAUUGCUUGCAUUUAGCUGGAACAAUGCACCUGGCCUUCAAGUUAAGCUUUUUUCACUGCCUGGUCAAGGAUGAAUAGCUAAUUUUAUUCUGUUUUGCUUUUAGUGAACAGAUUUUUAAUGGUGCAGAGUUAACACAUGCGACUGUUUGCUAAAUUUCCAGUGAAAGAGGUGUUUUGCUUCGGCACUUUUUGACAUAUCAAACUGUUGGCCAUACGGCUUUAUUUUAGGAAAAUCUUCUCAGCCUGUUCAAGAAGGGGAUUGGGAACUUCUUAAGAGUACAUGUGUGCACAUGUAUGUACGUGAAUUCAGAGGGGUCUGUUUUGAAUGUGUGCUCAGCAAUGUCUGCUGCUUCUUAAACGUGAAUAUUUCCGUAAAGUAAUGUCGCCACAUUUGUUUAGAUUAAAAUCAUGUUGUUUUUUGUGCUGCCUGGCAAAUGCUAAUCAUUUAACAAUAUGCAGUUACCUUACAGGGAAAAGAAGUGGGAAUUUUGAAAUGUGUGUGAAAUUGAGACUAAUGUGAGACUGCUCUGAAAGCAAUGCCUCCUGUUUUAUUAUUUUGGCCCACGCCAUCAGAGGUAGAUGCUUGUGUUAUAGCAGUAGAGGUUGUACCUUCCCACCAAUAUGCCAUUACAUGUCAUCGCCAUGCAACAGAUGGCAGCAGAGGGGCACUCUGACAAAAUGCCGUCUGACGUGGAAGCGCGUAUGAAGCAAAGAGGCGCACUGAAUUCCUCCUUGCAGAAAAGAUUGCACCCAGUGACACACUCUGAAACUUGUUGAACAUUUAUGGAGACCAAACAGUGGAUGUGAGCACAGUGAGGAGGCAGUGGGUGGUGUGUUUCAGCUGUGAUGAGAGAGACAGUGGAUGACCUCUGCUCAUGCAGAUUUUUACAAGCAGGCAGGCUCUUGUUCAUUGCUGGUGACAAUUCAUGGCUAAUGGUGGUGACUAGGUUGAAGGAUACUCUUUUGUAUCUGAGAACAUGCUCUACUAAAUAGUGUCAUUGAAUUCUGUGUCUCUGUUGUAAUUUCCAUGGAAGUCAAUAGGGAACAUUACUUUUGGAGUGACCUAUAUAUAUUCUGUGACAGGAGACAUUAAAAUCUAAAGAGACUAAGGAGACAUUAAAGCAUAAAGACUUACUGCUAAAGGAAUUCUUUGUAUUUAUAAGAAGAGCAAAGAAAAGGAAUGCCCUGAGCAUCUUCUGGUGAUGGUUCAAGGGAUAGCAAGUUAAUACAAAUAGCAGCUUAUAUCUAGCUUCUAUUUUAACGUAUCUAGGAUCUUACUGAUCCACAGUUCUUGUAAGUACAAAUGCUAUAUGUGUUGCUCCCUACUGUAGGACUUCUGAAAAAUACUAUUUGUCCUUUAAUUGCGCCAAAAAAUAUAUAUAUGCAGAGCUGGGAAGAGAGUAUUUAUUAUUUAACUUCAGAUUCUGUUCUUCAAUUACAUUGAAUUUUUCAAUUGCUUUUUUUUUUUUUUAACAAAUAUCUGUAUCUCCUUGGCUUUGACCAUCCCAUGUAAACAAUUUCCAACUGAGGGAAAAUUUUGAAAUUCCGGAAAACCACAGGUUUGUAUCAGGAACAGAAAGAGAAUAAUGUAGAAUGAUACACUUUACCAUAAUAAUUUUUUUAACUUGCUUCACAAACAUUUAGUAAGAUGGAUGGCUACUGAAAUGAAUUUUUCUACAACUUGAAGCAGAGAAACAUUAGAUUGCCCUUGUACCAUUAAGAAAGUGUCUGUAGAGCAUGUGGUUGCAGCGUUUACAGCACACUGGCUCAGCUGUGUAUGGGGAAGAAGGAAACACCAUCCUCAAACUCAAAUGAAACAAGGCUAUUUAGUGUGCUGGCUGGUGAGGCCACUGGUCAGGGUGCCUGGAUUUGCUAGUAGUGGUGUUAAAGUUGAGGGCAGUGAGUGGAAAAAGUCUCACAGAAUCACAGAAUGGCCUGAGUUGGAGGGGACCUCAAGGAUCAUGAAGCUCCAACCCCCCUGCCACAGGCAGGGCCACCAGCCUCCACAUUUAAUACUAGACCAGGCUGCCCAGGGCCCCAUCCAACCUGGCCUUGAACACCUCCCAGGAUGGGGCAUCCACAACCUCUCUGAGCAGCCUGUUCCAGCACCUCACCACUCUCAUAGUAAAGAACUUCCCUGUGAAGUCCAACCUAAAUCUUCCCUCCUUCAACUUAAAACUAUUACCUCUUGUCCUGCUGUUAUCUACUCUUUCAUAGUGUUGACUCCUCCUGUUCAUAGGCUCCCUUUAGGUACUGAAAGGCUGCAAUUAGGUCACCUCACAGCCUACUUUUCUCCAGGCUGAACAAGGCCAGCUCCCUUAGCCUGUCUUCAUAGGGGAGGUGCUCCAGCCCUCUGAUCACCUUUGUGGCCCUCCUCUGGACAACUCUCCAACAGCUCUCUGUCUUUCUUGUAUUGGGGGCUCCAGACCUGGACACAGUAUUCCAGAUGGGGCCUCACAAGAGCAGAGUAGAGAGGGACAAACACCUCCCUGUCCAUGCUGGCCACUUGUCUUCUGAUGGAGUGCAGGAUACUCUCUAUAACUAUUGCUCUCUAUAACUACCUGAAGGGAGGUUGUAGUGAGCUGGGGGUCAGCCUCUUCUCCCGGGUGACUAGUGAUAGGAUGAGAGGGAAUGGCUUCAAGCUGCACCAGAGAAGAUUCAGGCUGGACAUUAGGAAAUACUACUUCUCUGAAAGGGUGGUCAGGCACUGGAAUGGGCUGCCCAGAGAGGUGGUGGAGUCACCGACCCUGGUGGUGUUUAAAGAGCGUUUGGAUGUUGUGUUAAGGGACAUGGUUUAGCGGGAACCGUUGAUGAAGGGCGAAUGGUUGGACUGGAUGACCCUGUGGGUCUUUUCCAACCUUAGCGAUUAUAUGAUUCUAUGAUGCCAUUUGCUUUCCAAUCUGCAAGAGCACACUGCUGACUUAUGUUAAGUUUUUCAUCCAUCAGGACCCCCAGGUCCUUCUCUGCAGGGCUACUCUCAAGGACUGCUCCUUCCAGUCUAUAUAUGUGCCUGGGAUUCCUCCGGCUCAAGUGCAAAACCUUGCACUUUGCUGUGUUGAACCUCAUUAGAUUCACCCAGGCCCAACUUUCAAGUUUGUUGAGGUCCCUCUGAGUGGCAUCCCUUCCUUCCUCCAUGUCAACUGCACCACUCAGCUUGGUGUCAUCAGCAAACUUGCUGAGGGUGCACUCAAUUCCAUCAUCGAGGUCCUGCUCAUUGUGGAUUUGGAAGAAGCUUUGCUUUUGACAUCUGGGGAGAAGAAGGGUUGAACUUGCAGGACAAAUUAAAUUGUGUUUAAAACUAGAAUUAUGUGAAUCUUGGUCGUCUUAAUAUUUUAUUGCUGUCAGAAGUGUUUCCUAGAAGAACUCUGAUGGAUUUCAACAGUCUCAAAUUAGAACUGCUUAGUAUGGGUGUGAUGCUACAUUGGACCAUGAAAUGUGGGCUACUAGUCUAGCAGUUGGAUUGCUUUUCAGGAACGGACGACACUCUUUUAAAAAUAUCCCCUUUUCUGUGCCUUCCAGAGAGUGAUUUUUUGAAUUUAAACAUCCUGUCUCUUCAGAUUGUUUGGAUAGAGCUCAUAUGAGCAUGAGGAGGAGAAAAUAGAUGCUUUGUGUGAGGAAGUGCUCUAUUUACCAUAGUCAAAGGCUGAUAUGUUCCAAAUACAUAGAGGCAAAAACCCAGCUCUCUAUUAUUGAGUGGCAGUAUAUUUUAAAGAAGAAAAAAAAGGGGGAGAAGGCAGGCUGGGUGGAAGUAGUAUGAUGAGUUUCUUCCAGGCGUUACUGACAGGAUCUCUGCUGCUUGCACAGUUUACGAAAAGGAAAUAGUUCUAAUUGUUUUUCAUGGAUCAUUGGUUUAUGGGCUUAGUUCCAAAACCUUCUUGCAGAGAAUAAUUUCAUUAAAAUGGUAACACUAAUCAAGUGAAACUGAGAGCAUUGAUUCUUAGCAAGCUUAAUAACAGAAUGUUGAUUCUUAUCUUGAUGCUUUCUCCUAAGCCAAGUAGUGGUGGGAAGGUGGUCUUCCUGUCUCUAAUUGACUUUUCUAGGUGGCAUAAGAGCUCCAUGUGACUUGUUUUGGCAUGUGAGUGGCAGUCUUGGUCAGGAGCUGAGAGCCUGUACACCUGCCAGGGUUCAGGCUGGAAGGCAGAGGAAUCUCAGUGAAGCGUCUGGGCUUGAGGAGGCAUUUUUUUUAAAAACCACUUUCCCUUAAUUAUGUGCCUGAGUCACCUCCAGUUCUAGCAGAGGCAGUAUUUUCUGGAUUGUGCUGAUCCUGGGUUCUGUUGACUUCCCCUGAGCUGGGAGUUGGAGCGGGUGAUGCUCAGGUAUGGCAGGGGGAUCCAGUACAUCUCCAUCAGCAGGCUUAUUUUCAUGAAGUUGCCAUCUUGAGCCAGAAAUGAAGAUUUUGGUCCUUUUUCCUGAGUGUGAGCUGUCUAGCAGGUCUGUGGUGCAGGAAUAGUUGGUCCCAGCACAGGGCAUGAGCUUAUGUACAUCAAAGCUGCAAUGCAACAGGGGAGCAGUAGCUCCUGGAGCUAGCAGUGCUGCUAAUAACUAUGAUAUGUGGAAAACUGUUGGCAAUAGCUAGGUGUUUCACAUGUAUUUUAUAAGCGUGCUGUGCCUGAGUCUAAUGCAAGUCAUUAAAUACCAGUGCCAGCUUGAAAUCUCCUCUAAACUGCACACUGACCGCUUUCUCUGAUAUGAGGGCAGCAGCCACAGGGCAUGGCAGGUAGUGCUGAAAACUCUAAAGUGUUCAGGGUAUUGAGUGAAUUCCACAUAUAUUUCUUGCUGCUAUAUGUAACUAUCAGCUUAAUAUAGGAAGAGUUAGCUUGCUUUUUGGUGUAUGCUUGGUUAUCACGUUUGCUUUUGCCUGUAGUUAAUCCCUCAAAGCUGCUGUAGUAUAUUUUCAAAACCAGUUUAAAACAAAACAUUUUAAAACGUUCUCAGAAAUGAUCGCCUCUUUUCCUGUAGGAAGGAAGCAAAGGAAAGGGCAGAAUACUUGGAAGUGAUACUAUCUGCAUUCUUACAAGGCAGACAGCUGGUGAGAGAGAUCAAAUACUCUCCUAAGUGUUGCAUAGGAUAUAUGUUGUCUUUAUGUUUUUCCAUAAAGAAGAAGCAGCAAAAAAGCCAAUGUUUCUCUGUAAGAAAAUUUCCCUGCAGCUAAGAAGUCUUGGCUUCUUGUUUGGUUGGUUGUUUUUUGUUCAGGUUUGGAACAGUAGAAAAAUGAGAUUACAGGUUGAUGACUUGUAAGCAGCAACACAUGGGCAUAAACUGAAGAUAGGCAUUAACCAUAGCACAGUAGUUGCAGGUUUUUAUGUGCAUGCAAUAUUGUUCUUAGAUCCUAGUCUUGUCAGGGUUUUUCAAGAUGUGACCCUCUUUCAGAGAAAGAGUGAGAAAAUAAAAUUUUUUAAACAAGCUAAAAGUAGGCUAAAAGUAAUUUUAUUGGCUGUAAGGUCACCACUGAGAAGGGAGAAAAUCAAAAUCAGUUACGCAAAUCAAGUGCACUUUUGUCCUUUCUUGCUCGUCUCUGAACUGCUUUGGACUCAACAGUAGCCUGCUGCUUUCGGAGAACUAUAAACCAUUUUCCAUGGAUUACGAUUACAUCAUCAACUUUUCUCAUUUUUAAGGAUGGAGAGAUUAAGAUUGUUUUUAAAUAGUGUGCAGUCAUGCUUGCAAGUUGGAGAAGGGAACUUUUUCCAGAGGUGACUACUGCAAGCUGUUAGAGGGCACGGCGAGAUGAACUCAUUUUCAAAAAGAGCAAAGCAGAAGUAGCAGAAACUGGAAGAAAGAGGGUUACUUUGCCAGAAGAAUGCUGUUGUACCUGCAGGUAGAGCCUAAGACAAGGAGUAUAUUAUGUGUAAGGUAGAACAUAAACUUGCUGAAGACUUUACAUUUUUGUUACGUGUUUUUUAGAUCUUUUUAAAAAGACAUCUUUUUUAGAUCUUAUGCCUUACUAAAGAUAAGAAAAUAAGCAAAAGAGGAUAGGUCAAUGUUAUCUAUACAAUUUAAGGAUCAGAAAGUUCAUUUUAGAUGGGACUGUGUUUUGUAUUUUAUACCCAGUGUGAAUAGUCCUGUGUGUUGGAUGCUGUGUAAACUGAGGAAGAGAGCAGAAGUUAACCAAAAGCCAUUUCUAACCAAAUGAAUCCAAAGGGUGAUGUGCUAGGUUUUACUGAUAGUCCAGCACGGUUAAACAAACAGAACUGUUUCCAGUGAAAUGGGAUUCAGAUUGCUUAGCAAAAUUUAGUUUGUCUGUGAGUUGCUAGAAUGUGUGAGACUUCACUGCACAGGAAUAAGAUGAGGAGAAUUCCAGCUCAAUUUUGAGAAUGUAUUUUUGUUUGAAACCCAAACUUAACUAAAUAUUUCCUUUUUCUUUAGCACUGAGGUCCUUAGCAGUGGGGAGCUUCUUGUCAAAGUGCUCAGUGCGUACCUUGUAAUGGAAAUUGUGGGAGAAUGUGAAUAGAACAGAAAUAGACCUAGCGUUUAUCUGAUAGUUCAACAAAAAGUAAAUAUUGAGAUUUGUUUCUCUUCUUGUAAUGGACUAUUAAAGUACAGCUGACUUAGGAUUAGAGGAGUGAAGGGGAGAAUUUCCCCAAAGAAGAAUGUAUAAGAGAAAAGUUUAAAUCUCGAUGGGCCUGUUGCUCGCUUCUCCAUUUGUUGUAACAAAUUAAAAGUCUUCAUGAAAGGCUGAGAAUGUGUAUAAACAUCAGUGUGUCCCAAGGAGACGAGAAGAAAGGUCAAAGACGUUGCCCUACAUCUCUGUUAUAGCAGAGGAUGAGUUGGGAAUAGACUUGUACCUGAUCUAUGGAAGUCUGACCCAGGGAAGAUUAACUUGAACAGCAGAAAAAAUCUGGUUGAGAUGCCAUGCAGAUGCCCCUGAUGCUUCCUUUCCCAGCACAGGGAGUUUGCCCUCUGUCUGUCUGGAGCUGUAGCGCUUGCUACAGGGCAGGAGGAACCCUUCUGUGCCUGAGCCAAACACUGAGUUGCUAAAGAUUUUAUUUUUCUGGCUCAGAUAAUCAGUGGAAGAUAUCAGUACAGUAUUUAAAUCAAUGUUAUCUAGUAAGUGAUGCAUCUAUGAACCUCUUAGGAAAUGUCUCAAAUGGACUGCCUGAAGCCUCAAACCAAAGGUGCUAUCUUUGCUCUGUAGAUAUUUAAGAUUCUCUCUUGAAUCAGUUUUUGCCCCUCAUCUGUUCCACCCUCCAGACUGGAACCAUGCUCUGUGUUUCCACUCUGAACAAGCCAUCGUUUUUGUAUGAAGUUUGCUCUGCUCAACUCAGUAUGUACCUUCAGUGUUGUGUUGAUUUUAGCACUUUGCUGCUAGGCUAAAACACCCCAAGUGCUUUAGCUUCCCUCAUAAAAUACUUUUCUCUAUCCUGUAUUCUCUGAGUAGUACUGUGUGCAUCUAUUUCAGUUAAACUGUUUUUUGGGGGGAAGCGUGUUAUUUUUACAAUUUGUUUUCCUUUUGCUUUGGAGUAGGGAACCACAAUGUUACAUAUAAAACUGCAGCUACUAGUUUUACCAGUAUAUUUACCAAUUACAGAAUUGAUCAUUCCUGUUGUGUGUUCUUGUUGUUCUUUUUACUAAAAGAGAAGACCAACUUUUUGUUAUAGUAACAGCAAAACAUUAGUAUUGAAGAGUGAUUUAAAAAUGCUAAGAGAAGGUUAAGACCUUUUGUGUUCUGAGGUCUUUAUUCUCAUCGUCAUCUUCUCUUAAUGGGUCCCAGGUCAUAGUAAAAAUCAUUACUUGUAAUAAUCUUUCACUUGCUGCACAAAUUUUAUUGUUUUUGUUGUUCCAGCCAGGCCAAAAGACAGUCAAAUUUCUGUGAGAUAGUUUCAGGAGCAAUAUUGUAUAUUUAGUAGCUCUGAUUUCACAGUACUUAAGGAAUAUGCAGUACUGCCUCUUUGCCUGAACGUCUGUCCUUUUUCAUAGGAGCAUAGAAUGGUUUGGGUUGGAAGGGACCUCAAAGCCCACGCAGCCCAACCCCAGCCAUGGGCAGGGCUGCCCUAACAGUUCAGGCUGCCCAGGGCCCCAUCCAACCUGGCCUUCUCGAGUGCCUCCAAGGAUGGGACACCACAGUUUCUCCGGGCAGCUGUGCCAGUGCUUCAACAUCCUCAUGAGUACAGAAUUUCCUUCUAUUAUCUAAUCCAAAUCUCUCAUCUUCCCCCUUCUCCUAUGAGGCAUUAUAAAAGGGCUUUAUAAGCUCCAUUUAAGUACUGGAAGGCCCCCACUGAGGUCUCUUCUGCAGGCAGAACAAGUCCAGCUCCCUCAGCCUUUCUUCACAGAGGAGAUGCUCCAGCCUUCUGAUCAUCUUUGCAGAUUUUUCUGGACCCAUUCCAAAGCUCUACAUCUUUUUUUUUGCACUGGAGGCUCCAGGUCUGGAUGCAGUUCUCCGGAUGGAGCCUCAGAAGGGUGAAGCAGAGGGGGCAAUUACCUCUCUCUCCCUGCUGGCCGCCCUCUUUUGAUGCAGCCCAGGGUACUGUUGGGCUUCCAGACUGCAAGUGCACACUGCUGGCUCCCCAGAGCCUUCUCUUCUCCAAGCUGUACAAGCCCAGCAUUUCUUUCAGCCUGUGCUUUUUUUUUUUUUUGUCUUUCACGUGUUACAGGUCUCCACCUUAAAUAUUAUUCCAAGAAAGACCACAUCAGUCCUUGCUUUACCUCUGGUUUAAUCUGGUUGUAUUAUCUGUAUUAUUCUUUUUUUUAAUGAAUAAAUUUUGCUAUUAAAAUCAAAUUUACCUCUCUUUCAUUUCAGUGUUCGUUUCACUACUACAUUUCCUUGAUUUCUUUUUCAGAUCUUGUAGUAUCAAGUUCAUUGUAGCAUGCUUGUGGUGCCAAGAUUGCCUGCCUUCUCUCCCAAGCUACUUCCUUCCCCCUUCCCUCUCUUAAUGAUUUUUGGCUUAUCUGUCAUUGUUACAUGUGCCAAUUAUUUCAGCGUUGUGGGAUGGAGAUUAUCCAGAUCCCCUCAUUUCUUUUUUGUAAAUGUUCUCAUUUUCUUUCCACAGGCUAUGUGGUAAUAACCAUUAUCCUAUCCUCAUUUUCAAUGUACCGUUUUAUAAUCUUUACUUAAACAGAAGGCAAAGUAUUUGCUUCAGUAUUUGUUCCUGCGUCCUUUUUUCCUUAGCAUCCUCUCAAACCUCACUGUGCAGCUGCCUUUCUGUCCCUUUUGUGAAGCUGAAAUGCACAGUAACUUUUAUACCUGUGUGAUUUCUGUUGCAUGAUUCACCUCAAGUAGACUUUUAGUUGGUUUUACUUAUGGUUGUACCCUGUAAGCUCUGAAACAUGCCUGCAUUUCUUUUUUUCCAAUUUGUAUUGAAAGCUUUUCUGCUUAUUUUCAGCAUUACUGAUAGGGUUGUUAUACAUCUAGGUUGCAUGAAAUUACUCCUUAACAAGUUUGAUCUUUCAGAGCCAUCAGCCCCUUUAACAAAUGACAGUAGUUUCUUGAGGUUUACCCUCUCCAAAUUCUAGACUGUUGGGUGUGUUCCUAUGAGGUGAUCUGAAAAUGGCCACAGAAUUGGCUUGUGGCUGCUUGAGCCACUGACCAAACAACGUCCCUGGUAGUUGAUGACCAAAUGAGUCUUCCAGCUGUCGUGCCAUUACUAAUGUUUGUGAUAUUUUUUAGUUGUUAUUUGUAUUUUUUUCCAUCUGAUAUGCUGGUUUCCUAGGAGUUCACACCUCUCAGUGAUGAUGUAUGGGGGCUGUUCUAUGGACUGCAGUUCUUGUUUAGGUGUAAGUCUCUGCAGAAUCCCAGUUGUUCCCUAGGGUGAUAGUUGCCAAAAAUUUGAUACUUCUCUUUCAGCUAUUCUUUCGUAAUCAUAUUACUGGUAUGCAGCGCUUCCUCAUUCCUUCACAUUUAACUGCCUUGCAACCUUUGGUGCCUGUGUCCACGUUGCUGUUGGUAUAUGUGAUGGUGUCACCUACUGCCACACAGUAUAUAGCUCUGCAUACUGCACCCAGGUUGAAAUCUUUUGUGGCAGUGAAAUACUGGAAGUUGAGCUCUUAAACUUGCUGAUAUGGUUAGUUGCUGAGUAUUUCUACACCAGCUAGAUCUGACAGAUGGAUCCACUGAAUAAGAUGUAUGUUUUAGUACUUCCUUUACUUUUCCUCAUCCAGCAUUAACUAUCCUACCUGGCAGUAUUAGCCACUGUAUGACAGCAUCUCAGCUGCAAGCACAUCUGAUGUCCAAGACCGACUUUCAGCCUUAGAGCUGAGAGUACAACAACAAGAAGAUGAAAUCACUGUCCUAAAAGCAGCACUGGCUGAUGUGCUAAGGCGCCUUGCUAUCUCUGAAGACCAUGUAGCUUCUGUGAGAAAAUCAGCUCCAAGUAAAGGUCAGCCAAGCCUCCGAGAAGCUAUCUCGAUGUCCUGUAUAACCAACGGGAGUACAGGAAGCAGGAAAACAAGCCACAUUUCCUCUGUAUCUGUUGCCAGAAAAGAAACUUCUUUAUCUACUGCAAAAAGCGGUACAGAAAAAAAGAAAGAAAAAUCUCCUGGACAGAAAGAAAAAAAAGAGGAAUCUCAUUCUAAUGAUCAAAGUCCACAAACUCAAGCAUCACCUUCUCCCCAGCCGCCCUCACAGACUCUCCAAACACACAGGCAAACUCCAGAAAGCAAGAGUUCUGCUCCAACUAAAAGCAUAAAGAGAUCAUUGACUGCUGAGAAACCUCACAGUGCUUGGGAGAGCUCGGAUGACGGUCGUAACAAGCUACUGAGAGUAGCAUCAACAUCUAAAUUAAUAUCGAAAGUGGCAAAGAAUGCAGACAAGCACAAAGAUGUCAUCAUCAGCCAAGCAAAAAUGUCAACUCGUGAAAAAAACAGCCAAGAGGGAGAAUAUAUCAAGAUGUUCAUGCGGGGUCGACCAAUCACAAUGUUCAUUCCUUCUGAUGUAGAAAACUAUGAUGAUAUUAGGACUGAGCUGCCUCCUGAAAAGUUAAAACUGGAGUGGGUAUAUGGGUAUCGUGGAAGAGACUGUCGAGCCAAUGUUUACCUCCUUCCUACCGGAGAAAUUGUAUAUUUCAUAGCAUCAGUUGUGGUACUAUUUAAUUAUGAAGAAAGAACUCAACGGCACUACCUGGGUCAUACGGACUGCGUUAAAUGUCUUGCAGUUCAUCCAGACAAAAUUAGAAUUGCAACAGGACAGUUAGCUGGAGUGGAUAAAGAUGGAAGGCCCUUGCAGCCCCAUGUUAGAGUGUGGGACUCAGUGAGCCUGGUGACGCUGCAGGUUAUCGGCCUGGGGACUUUCGAGCGUGGAGUUGGGUGCUUGGAUUUUUCAAAAGCGGAUUCUGGUACUCAUUUGUGUGUAAUUGAUGACUCUAAUGAACAUAUGCUCACCGUAUGGGAUUGGCAGAAAAAAUCAAAAGUAGCAGAAAUAAAGACUACAAAUGAAGUUGUGCUUGCUGUAGAAUUCCAUCCAACUGAUGCAAAUACCAUAAUAACAUGUGGCAAGUCUCAUAUUUUUUUUUGGACUUGGAGUGGCAAUUCAUUAUCAAGGAAGCAAGGGAUAUUUGGGAAAUAUGAAAAACCCAAAUUUGUUCAAUGUUUGGCUUUUUUGGGAAAUGGUGAUGUGCUCACUGGAGACUCAGGUGGGAUAAUACUUAUAUGGAGCAAAACUACUGUAGAAUCUACUCCAGGGAAAGGACCUAAAGGAGUAUAUCAGAUAAGCAGACAAAUCAAAGCUCACGAUGGCAGUGUAUUUACCCUCUGUCAAAUGAGGAAUGGGAUGCUGCUAACCGGAGGUGGGAAAGACCGAAAGAUCAUUCUGUGGGAUCAUGAUUUGAAUCCCGAAAGAGAAAUUGAGGUUCCUGAUCAGUAUGGAACAAUAAGAGCAGUAGCCGAAGGAAAAGCUGAUCAGUUUUUAGUGGGUACUUCACGAAACUUUGUUUUACGUGGAACAUUUAAUGAUGGCUUUCUAGUAGAAGUACAGGGACAUACAGAUGAACUCUGGGGACUGGCAUCGCAUCCUUUCAAAGACUUAUUUUUAACUUGUGCUCAAGAUAGGCAAGUUUGUAUGUGGAACUCUGUGGACCACACACUGGAAUGGACCAGGCUGCUAGAUGAACCAGGGCACUGUGCCGAUUUCCAUCCCAGCGGAGCAGUGGUUGCAAUAGGAACGCACUCAGGACGGUGGUUUGUUCUGGAUGCAGAAACAAGGGAUCUGGUCUCAAUACACACUGAUGGCAACGAGCAGCUCUCAGUGAUGCGCUAUUCAGUAGAUGGCACCUUACUUGCAGUUGGAUCCCAUGACAACUUUAUUUACCUCUACGUAGUAACAGAAAAUGGAAGAAAGUAUAGCAGACAUGGAAAAUGCACUGGACAUUCCAGCUAUAUUACACACCUUGAUUGGUCCCCAGACAACAAGUAUAUAAUGUCAAACUCAGGAGACUAUGAAAUUCUAUACUGGGACAUUCCAAGUGGCUGCAAGUUAAUCAGGAAUCGUUCUGACUGUAAGGAUAUAGAUUGGACGACAUACACUUGUGUGCUAGGCUUUCAAGUGUUUGGUGUAUGGCCUGAAGGAUCAGAUGGGACAGAUAUAAAUGCUCUUGUCAGAUCCCAUAAUCGAAAAGUGAUAGCAGUUGCUGAUGAUUUUUGUAAGGUCCAUCUCUUUCAGUAUCCCUGUUCCAAGCCAAAGGCCCCGAGUCACAAAUACAGUGCUCACAGUAGUCAUGUGACAAACGUCAGCUUUACCCACAGCGAUAGUCACUUGAUCUCAACUGGAGGGAAAGACAUGAGUAUUAUUCAAUGGAAACUUGUGGAGAAGGUAACUCUACCACAAAAUGACAUUGUCGUAGACAUCGGUGCAACCAAAGUGCCCAUCCCUGCCAGUGAGAAUGCUGUACAGUCUCCUGCUCCCCUCCCGCAGCCUUUUAAUGAAAUGAACCAAACUGAUAGUGUAACUGGCAGCUCUCCGGCCUCCUUGGAGAGCAACUUGGAGCAGUCUGCGGAGGCCAGUGAGGAGCAGAGUGAGCAAAGCGAUGGGAGCAGCCUGGACCCUGCUGAGCCAGGCUACGAGGAGCCCUCCAACGAGACGAGCGAGGAGCACAGCGAGUCCACAGUCACUGAGGAGCAGCAGGAGAACUCACCAGAGUCGUAACGCUCCCAGCUCAGAUGGUUGUUAUUUUCCCUUGGUGUGCGUGCUUUCAUUACAGGGUGAGGGUUCAAAUAGGCAAAAGUAGCUGAGAUUCAUGACCACUCCAGCUUUUUGAGUUUCGGUGAGAUUUUUAGUCUGAGCUUCAGUUUAAUACGUGGAACCAUCCCAAGGGCCUGGCUUCGAUGGUUUGUAUCAAGAUCUGGUCAAAGUUAGUAGUGGACAUUAUCAUAGAUCCAUUGUAGUUCUGAAAUUGCUGUUAGGAAGUGGCAUGAAAUAUAUACUGGAAAAAAAGGUUAGCUCUAAGAAUUAGCUGAGAUAGACCACCUUACCUAUGUAAAAGGGCUUUCUGAAAGAACUAAGCUGAUGGGAAGCACUGAGCAAUUCCAGCUGAGGAGUUACCAUGCUGCUUUUUCUAGGUGCAAAGACAAACAAAAACCAAAAAGCUCUUCGUAGGGCUGUUUUCCUUUGUUUUUUCUUAAUGAGAAAAAUCGAGGAAAAACAAUGUAAUGAUGCCACGUGUAUGGCAAUGCCUUCUUGAUCUAACACAUAUGCAAUUUUCUAACACUACUAAUUCCUAGUGGAGUCUGGAUAUGCUCACAGUUGGUCUGCCCUGGGUGCUGCUAGUUCUAAGGCAAAUCCUAUUGAGGAAUGGUGUCAGCUGUUCCAUUUUUAUAGGCUACUUAAUAACGGACUAACCAAAUACUGGUGUGUUUCACUUUUCAUGACCUGAAAGUUGAUUUAAACAGUAGGAUCCAAUUGUCUCUUCAAAGAAUUUCUUGUCUAGAGAGUCUUUACAGUGACUUUGAUGUGAAUGGCAGAGAAUGUGCGACAAGAACACAAGUCAGAUGGGCUCCAGAGUUAACCUUUAAGCCUUCAAGCAGAACUUGCUCCAUCCAUAGUAGGAGAAAAAUACAGUUAACUUAAAUUAUUAAAUUGGUGCUUGGGAUUAGUAUAUUAAGUUGAUAAUUUUUUUCUUAAUUUUUAGAGGUAACUCUAAGAAUCAUUAAACUGCAAUCUUUCUUUUUUUUUUCUUUUUUUUUUAAUCCAGUUCCUUUAGCAAUGGUGAUAUAAGCAUACAGCAAUUUAGAUGAUGUGAUUUUUUUUGUUUUUGUUUUCAGACUUGCUGAUCUAUUUUUGUGACUUUGUUUCUUCCCACCCCUACUCCCCCACCACCUCUCUCUCCCCAGGUUGCUCUAAGCCAUGCAGCUCUCAUGUGGCUAUACCUGGCCAGUUACGGGAUACCUUGGCAUUUGUUAUGCAUUUGGAAAGUAAAUUUUUUUUUUUAAUGAAGUUUGUCAGAUAGCUACAGUUUUUUCUUAAGUGCAUACGUUUCCUACUUUAAAAAGAUUUAGUUUUACUGACAGAUAUCCAUUUCCUAUCUACUUGUUUAUAUUUUGAUUACAUAGAAUUUUCUUUUUUAACUUGCUGCAUUGUGCUGGUAUUUUAGUUCUUAGUUAGAAUAUCAUGUUUAGAUACUUUGGAUGAGUUCAUAAGUCUUAAUUUGUGCAAGCGUUUACGUGAUUGUGCCAUUCCAAAGUGCAUCAAAACUGUCAUUCCCUUACUAGUAUCUUCUCAGGAGAAAUGCUACAGAUCAGGUAUUUAGUCAUCAUUUGGAAAGAUAAAAAACAAAUGGACUCCCAAAGGACAUUUAGAACAUUUAUAUAUAAAAUAUAUAAAUAUAUAUAUACACACAUAUAUAUAUAUUAAAAAAUAUAUCCUCUUGUUUACAACAGUUCCAGAAAACCUCAAAGUAGUUCCCUUCGGAUGGAGGGAGAAAUGGAUUCCAAGCAACCCAUCUGUUUAAACUGUGCUCUGUACAUAGUGUUUUACUGGAGAGCUCUAGUAUGCCUGACUUGCAGAUUUGCCAAAUAGCAGCAAUGGAAGAUAAAGAUCAGCUUAUCAAACUGUAUGGUUCCAAAGGAGGAGUAUGCCGUAGGUUUAGCAAAUAAUCCUAGUAAAGGAAAAAGGAUUUUAGAGGUAAUGAGGCACAGAGCUCUCUGUCAUUUUUAUGAACUCCACGUAAGCAACACAUUUCAUUUGGAACAUCUGUCACCUGGGGUUGCCAUGUAAAGUGAGAGUUAUAUAGUUGUGAUACUCUUGUGUUUGUAGUUCAGAAGACUCUACUAAUAUGCAAAAAGCCUUACAGCUUUCAAUUGCUGGCAACUACUGUUUAACAAAUAAAUCUGUGAUAAUGGAUGGAAAUGGGUGGGAUUAUGUAACAGUAGAUGUUUUAGAAAAAUAAUUGUGAAUGAAUUAAGAGUGUUUCAUGUGAAGAUGUUUGAGCCAUUUCUAUCUAUCAUGCAUUCCUGUCUCAAGGCAGAAAAUUUUGAAGAUUAAGAAAAAAUAAAGUAAUCAAAAGAAUA